AUGGACUACGACGAUAUUUUCGACACUGAUCUAAUAAACAAUGAUCUCAUCUUGGACGAUAAGGAUUUCACUAAAUUCGAUGAUAAGCUCGAGCAGCCGCAAGAAGCCCAGCUCCCAGAGAAGCAGUCCAAGUCGCUCACGCAAUCCAUCAGCGAUAUCGUACACUCUUUAUGGGAAUUUGACAGCGAGGGUAUCUUCCACAAGCCAGUAAAUACAAAAUUACUCAGAGACUACACCAAGCUCAUCAAAUUCCCGAUGGAUCUCUCCACCGUUAAAUCCAAGUCUUGUUAUAAGGACUUGGAUGCUCUCAAAGCGGAUUUACUGCUAAUAUCGAAUAACGCAAAGAUGUACAAUCCCCCUGACAAUUACUUCCACUCAAAGGCCAUCGAGUUUGAAUCCUUCUUUCUUUCUCUGUUGCAACAAGAAAGCUCAAAUUACGUAAUUGUCAACGAUAAACCCGUUGUACAUCAAUCCCUGCCAAUAGCUUGGGGUAUCUAUUCAGAGGAUGAGGAAGAAUCUGAGGAUGAAGACGUCAAACCCACAGAGCCUUCUCCAUUGGUUCACCAAGUCGACGAUGCCCAACAGCCCAAACCAUCUUAUCAAUUGGACGUUUUUAACCCAUCACAGUUUUUAGACAACCUGAGGCUCUACUCAGAACCCAAUCCUUUUGUUCCUCUCAACACACCUUCCAUCUACGCCAAGAAGUCCAGGAUUCAGAAAAAACGGCUGACGAAAAAGGAGCAGGAGCAACUUGAGAAAGAUCCAUAUCAAAAGAAUGCUGAUGGUUCUAUCAAAGCUGAUGAGUUUGAUGAUCCUUGGUCUCUGAUUCCAUCCAGAUGGAGAUUCAAUACUCCGUUCCUCCAGCCGGUGUGUACGCCGCCUACGGAAAGUAAUUUCAGACCGGUGUAUCUUCCGCCGAAAAGAGGAUUCUAUUUCAAGUAUGCAACCCAUGUCCAGCCGAAACAACAACACCAUCAGCAUCAACAUCAGCAGCAGUAUCAAUCACAGCAUUUCCAAACACCUCAACCUCAUCAGCGAUCACAAACUCCUCAACAAUCUACCCCACAAUCUCAAACACCGCAACCACAACCAGCACCUGAACCACAGGUAGAUAAAGAUGAACCACGACAGGCCACAGUACUUGACUACGGAUCGUUUCAGAACGUUCCACUCUUAUUGAGCGCCAACAAUGACAACUUGAUCAAGGCAGCUUAUCAUGUUGAAGGGGAUGCCAUGAUACAUGUAAUGUCCAAGCGGAUGAAUGAUGAGAGGUCGGCGGAGAUAUAUGAGUAUCUCAAGGAAAAGUAUGGCCCAGUCAAACCAGUUCCCGGGAACGGGGGAUGGGAGGUCUUUUACAGGAAUUACCUGCACGAUCAGAUAAAGAACGGCGAGGCGUACAUCGAUGAUGUCUUUUUUGGCGGUACGCAAGGCAAGGCGUUUUUGCGGAGCAUAUCGAGGUUUAUCAAAGAGUCAUUAAUAGACUCUGGUAUACAGCCAGACGAUGAACGUGCUCAGCGCCUCUACAAAUACUUCAGAGAAAAGUACAUAUAUAGAGUGUCAGAUCAAUUCGCAAUGUUUGAGGAUGUGUACAAGAAGAUAAAGAGUGGGUGUGUGGACGGUAGUGUAAAGCAGUCAUUCGAGUAUUACAACGACGUUAGACGAAAGGAGAUUAGAGAUUUAGCGUACAAGUCAUACCUACGGUCGACUCAAUCGAAGGUCCACAGCCACACACUGUUGUUCAAUGAAAGUAUUAGAGAAUUGUCCAAAUUACCCCAUGAAGAAAUUCACCAGAGGCCAGAAGAUGAUCCAGCCGGUGUGUUGGCUUCAUUGAAGGAAAUGGCAGAAAAAGUGAACAUGGAUACUCAGGCACGGAACAAUGUCGACGUCAAAGCUCAACCGGAGGAGAUUAAGAUGGACGUCGAUGACAACUACAGUGAUGAUGGCAGUAAUAGACCUGCUACAUCGUCAGUUUUUAAAGUCGUCGCACCCAGUAUACCCAAACCAGUCACAAACAAACGAUCAAAAAGAGCUAGCAGAUCUAGUACCGCUAAGAAACAACAAGCACAGCGGAAUGAAGCUAGAGAGUCACCUCAAUCGGAGCAUACAAGGGUGGAGCUGUUGAAGGUGGCUUUAAAAUUGCCCAGUAGUCACUUGAUUAAUUGA